UAAAAAAUCUCCAAACAAAUAGUCAAAAGGAAGAUAGAACAAAUUGUUAUAAGAAACAUUUAGAUAUUUCCUCUGUUGAUAAACAGAGCAACAAAAGAAAAAAUGACAGAUUACGAAAAACGUUAAGAAGGCAGUCAAUGACUGAAACUGAAAAAAUGCACAUGAAAUUGAAGGACCGAGUCCGAAAAAGGUUGAUUAGAAGUCGAAAGAGUCCUACUGAAAAAGAAAAUGAUUUGGAGACAGACAAAUUGCGAAAAGAGAAAGAAAGAUGCCAAAUGACUUGUUCUGAUAAAGAAAGCAUUUUACAUAAGGACAAGGUGAGAAAAAACAGUCAAAGAAGCCAAAUGACCUCUUCUGAAAAAAAAACUGCUUUAAACAAGGACAAAGUAAGAAAAGAUAGACAGAGGAGUCAAAUGACCUCUACACAAAAAGAAACUGCUUUAAACAAGGACAAAGUCAGAAAAGAUAGGCAUAGGAGCCAAAUGACCUCUACACAAAAAGAAACUGCUUUAAACAAGGACAAAGUCAGAAAAGAAAGGCAGAGGAGCCAAAUGACCUCUUCACAAAAAGAAACUGCUUUAAACAAGGACAAAGUCAGAAAAGAUAGGCAUAGGAGCCAAAUGACCUCUACACAAAAAGAAACUGCUUUUAACAAGGACAAAGUCAGAAAAGAUAGGCAGAAGAGCCAAAUGACCUCUACACAAAAAGAAACUGCUUUAAACAAGGACAAAGUCAGAAAAGAAAGGCAGAGGAGCCAAAUGACCUCAACACAAAAAGAAACUGCUUUAAACAAGGACAAAGUCAGAAAAGAAAGGCAGAGGAGCCAAAUGACCUCAACACAAAAAGACCUGCUAAAUACUGUCGAUAGGUGCAGAAAACAAUCCAAACGGCAAAGUACAGCUCUUGAAGAGAAAGUUCUAAUUAGGGAAAGGGAAUCUGGUUUACGCCAAAGUAAACGAACAAAAACUCAAUCAUUACAUCAAGCAAUAGAAGAGUUUCAUCUUGCUUCAUCACAGGGUCCAGUAUAUGUUUGUGCUUCUUGUCUGCGUAUGCUAUAUAAACAGUCAGUCAUCAAAUACAAGCAAACUAAAUACAUGCAAUCAGUAAGCAAAGUAAUUUCAACUGAUUACCCUUGUUUUGAAAACAUAUGGGUAUGCAAUACAUGCCACAAACAUCUUCUUAAAGGUAGAGUGCCACCACAGAAUUUUUCAAAUGACUUACAAGUUGAUAGAUUACCAGAAGAAUUGAUAGGUCUCACUUCAUUAGAAGGACAUCUAAUUUCUCAGAGAAUACCUUUCAUGAAAAUUAUGUCAAGGCCACGUGGUGGUCAGAAAGCUAUAAGUGGAGCUGUGGUGAAUGUCCCUGUAGAUUGUAGUGAUACUUGCAAAAGUCUGCCUCGUCCUCCACCAAACUCUUCUUUCAUAAUGCUAAAAUUAAAACGCAAAAAGGAGUACAGAUCUACAGUAAUUGAUCAGGUGAUAAGACCAGCAGCUGUUAAUCGUGCUUUGAAAUGUUUGAUUAAGAUUAAUCCACUAUACCAGGAUGUAGAAGAAAAUGAAGAAGCGUUCUUAAUAGAAUCUGAUGAUGAAGAUAAGGAAAUGUGGACUGAUAUACUCUGCAAUCAAACUGCAGAUAAUACUGUUAAUGUCGGUGAACGCAAAAAUGAGACAGAAAAUGUGCAUAGUGAUUUAUUCCCUGAUGAAAAUGAGAGAGCAUCGAAUCAAACUGAACACAACAAUGACGCCAGUGUAACGGAAAGCUUAAAUCAAGCAGAAGACAAUGACAUUGUUUCUUAUGAAAAUAACACUUUGUUACUGACCACAAACAGUGAUGAAACAAAUGACUGUAGUUAUGCCCAAGAACAUGAUAAUGAUGUUAGCGAUGAUGAAGAUUUACAUGAGCUGGACAUACAAAAAGGAAUUCCACUAGAUACAUGUUUACAGCCAACAGAGUGUCAAGGAAAUGACAUUAUUUCCAUCGCUCCCGCAGAAGGAAACCGGCCUUUAAGUUUAUUGAACGACCCUCACGCAGAGUUGCUUGCAUUUCCUGUUCUGUUUCCGUAUGGUCGAUUUGGUUACAAUACAAACAGAUGUACAAGGUUGCAUUUUCGUAAAUAUCUUAACACCCGACUUCUUAAUAUAGACACAAGAUUUGCAACAAAUAUUGAUUACAUAUUUUUUAUGCAGUUCCUUGCUGAAAAGAAGCAGAUUGUGGAAAAUGUUUACAUUGCUUUAAGAAAGACACAGUGUUCAGAGUCAGUUACAGCAGCUACUCUACGAUCUUCAGAUAUUUUAAAAACGUUUAUUGCUAAGGACUUGGCUUACACAAUAUUGAAAAACAUUCGUGGUUCACCGGCAUAUUGGCAAAAAUGCAUGUAUGAUUUGCUUGGAAUGGUGAGACAACUGGGACAGUUCACAUGGUUCUUGACUCUGUCAUCUGCAGAUCUUCGCUGGACUGAUACAAUCAGAAUCAUUGCUCAACAGUCAGGAGUCCUUCUAACUGACAAAGACAUUGAUAAUAUGCCUUGGGAGGAAAGGUGCAGGUGGAUUCGGAAUAACCCUGUUACAACUGCAAGGCAUUUUGACUAUAAGGUACAGCAGUUUUUCAAACUCAUAAUACAGAAAAACAAAGCCCUUGGAAAUGUAACAGAUUUUUUCAUAAGAACAGAAUUCCAGCAGCGUGGUUCCCCACAUGUGCACUGUGUCUUGUGGGUCAAAGACGCACCAAUGGCAGGAGAACAGUCUGAAGAGGAAGUCUGCUCAUUUGUUGAUCAAUACAUACACUGCACAUUGCCACACAAUGAUGAUCAACUACUAAACCUUGUGUCAACACUUCAAAAACAUUCACAUACUAGAUCAUGUAGAAAAGGAUUGCAGUUCUGCAGAUAUCACUUUCCGAAACCACCUGUUCCUUACACUCUUCUAGUUACAGAAGAAGAUAAAGUUACUAGCAAGCCUAAUCCACCUACCAACGCUCCAUCUAAUCAGACUGCACAGCAUGAUGAACCAGAUGAUGAUCCUCAGGUGAAUUACAAGAAUAUAUUCAUACAAGUACAACAGUACAUACAACAGUUUGAAAAAAACUACCCAGAUGAAAAGUUAUCCCUUUCACAAGUGCUCAAUGCUUGUAAUGUCAGUGAAGAACUGUAUAUAAAAUGUUUGAGGAAGUUAGAGACAGGUGCAAAAAAAGUGCUUCACAAACGAGAGCCAUGCGACAAAUGCAUCAAUAACUAUAACCCAACAGUACUCAAAGCUUGGCAAGCCAAUAUGGACCUUCAAUUUGUGACUGAUGUAUACACCUGCAUCAUGUAUAUAGUGAGUUACAUUACAAAAGAUGAAAGGGAAUUGAGCGAUGUUCUCAGACAGGCAUCAAAACAAGCGUGUGACCAAAACAUCAAACAACAGUUAAGACAACUGGGUAAUGUCUUUCUUAAUCACAGGGAAAUAUCAGCACAGGAAGCAAUAUACAGAGCUCUCCCUUUACCCUUAAGACGAACUAGUCGUACUGUUAUAUUUGUGACAACAGAUUUGCCAGAGGAUAGAGUUAAACUAGUGAAGCCUUCAAAUAUUCUUGAGCAACUUGAUGAUGAAAGUGAAGAAGUGUUCUCAACCAGUGUAAUUGAUAGAUAUGUGGCACGACCAGACUCAUUUAGUCAAAUGACAUUAGCAGAAUUUGCCUCUUGGUUUACCGUGACAAGCAACUCAACUAAAGAAGAUUUCCUUCCUGACAUUAUGGAAAAUGAAGAGGAGUUGCAAGGAACAGUGAUCAAACUCAAAAAUGGCAAAGGUCGUAUGAGGAAAAGAAAAACACAGGCUAUUGUAAGAACUCAUGUGUUUUCAAAAAUGAAACAGUCAGAAAAGUUCUACCACUCUAAGUUAAUGCUUUAUUUUCCAUGGCGAGAUGAGAAUGAGCUGAAACUUCACUUCAGUACUUUUCAAGACGCAUACCAGAAUUUAGAAGAACAAGUCAAAGAAAACAUGAAGCAGUUUGAAUACAACAGUGAAGCAGUGGAUACAGCUUUGGAGGAUUUAGAGGAAAAUGGCCCAAUGAUUGAUGUUUGGGAUACUCUGAACAGUGAAGCUUUGCAGAGAAAUGCAGAUGAUCUUAUUGCUCCAAGAAUAGUAGACACAGAUUCAGCAAUGAUUAACCCUGAUUUUUUCACAGGGAUAAACUCACAUGACAUUCGAGGUGAUAUUGGUACCUCUGCAGCUACUUAUUCGUUAAAAGAUAAUCUUUUAACCGAUGAAGAAAACCGAACGCAUAUCCAACACCUAAACAAGGAACAGAGGGAAAUAUUUGAUGAAAUAUUAAGAUGGUGUAGAGAAUACUCCUACAGUAAAAAGUGGGGUAGCCCACCCCCACCAUUUCACCUGUUUGUCACAGGAGGUGCAGGGACAGGCAAAAGCUACUUGAUUCGUGCAAUUUAUAACACAGCAGUUAGAGAGUUGCAAGGAGAGGGAGAUUGUUCCUCUGAUUGUACUGUGUUACUUACAGCACCAACAGGUACAGCUGCCUUUAAUAUAGAUGGCAUGACAAUUCACUCCGCACUCAAGUUACCUAUUAAGCAGCAUAGCAAAGCAGGAGGAGAAUAUACACCAUUAUCACAGGAAAAAUUACAUGACUUACGAUGUAAACUGAGUUAUUUGACUAUCCUAAUUAUAGAUGAGAUUUCAAUGGUGAGUGCCCAGGACUUAUACCAUAUUCAUCGUAGACUCUGUGAUAUCAAGGGCACAUCAGAUCCAGGUACAUACUUCGGAGGUGUUUCAAUCCUAGCAUUUGUUGACUUAUACCAGCUUCCACCAAUGGGAGCAAAACCUGUUUUUUCAUUGCCUGAAAAUGCUUUAGCAAGAUUAGAUGGUUCAUUGUGGGAAAACCUUUUCACCAUCCAUCACCUUGAAACAAUAAUGCGUCAGAAAGAUGAUGUUGAAUUUGCAAAUAUGUUAAAUAGAAUAAGAGUAGAAUCUCAUACUGAAAAUGACAUAAAGGUACUAGAAAGCAGAAUUGUUCACCCUGGUGACCCAGAUUAUCCGCAAGAUGCCCUGCAUGUGUUCCCUUCAAAUGAAGAGGUUGAUAGCCAUAAUGCCAGGAAAUUGUUGUCAUUGAACAUGCCAUUGGUGACAUUUACUGCUGUUGACAUUAAAUCUGACAAUACUCCCUUACCUGAAACCCUUAAUCUCCCUAAAAACCAGUCGCUCACUGGUGGUUUAUGUGAAAAACUAUCUCUCUGUAAAGGAGCAAGAGUUAUGAUCACAAAAAACAUAGAUGUGACUGAAGGACUAGUAAAUGGUACACAGGGUAUUGUAGAAGAUUUCUGGUCAGCUCCAACCGGGGAAGUCACAGCUAUAAUUGUAAAAUGUGAUCAACAAAAAUGUGGUCAACAAAGUCGCUUGAAAUUCCCUCAUAUAGCCAGAAAAUACCCAGGUGGAACUCCUAUAUUCAGAGAUGAAGUACAUAUCCAAACUAAAACUUGUACAGUAAUCAGACAGCAGUUCCCACUCCGUCUAUGUUGGGCAUGUACAAUGCACAAAACUCAAGGUAUGACAUUGCCCAAGUGUGUUGUAAGUAUAGCAGGCCGAUUUAAUGAUGGACAAUGUUAUGUAGCUCUAAGUCGUGUUACUUCUCUCAGUGAUCUCUUCAUAACUAAAUUUGAUAAAAAGAAGAUUAGAGCCAGCAAAGACAGUACUGAUGCACUUCAUAAGAUGAACAAAAAAAAGUUUAAAAUUUCACGAAAUCCAGUCAUCACAAAGCCAUCAAAUUUUUUUUCUAUUGUGCUUCAAAAUGUGCGAUCAGUUGUAAAACAUAUACAGGAUAUAAGGACCAGUCACGACUUUAGCUUAGUUGAUCUACUUUGUUUCACUGAGACAUGGCUUAAGAGACACAAAACACCAGAGAUACAAGGUAUGCGUCCAUUUCGACAGGACAGGUCACAUAAACGAGCUGGAGGAGUUCUUGCCUAUGUGAACACCAACUUCGAGUCAACCUGCCUCAAAGCUUCAACAUCAAUUCAUGCUGACCUUCUAUUGGUGAAGAUUGACAUUUUCCAACAAACACUGUAUCUCGUGUUAGUUUACUGUGCACCAGAUGGAAAUAAGAAUGCAAUAAUCAGUUGUAUAGAUGAUAUUUUAACUCAUAUUCCACCUGAUCAACACCUGAUCAUUCUUGGGGACUUCAACCAUGUUACUCUUCAAAUAAAAUCCUUACACAACAUAGUGGACUCUCCAACCUGCAAGACUGGUUCUAUUCUUGACCAAGCAUAUACAAACUGGAAGACAAAACCUCUGGUUUACCUGUCACCAGCCUACUUUAGUGACCAUGACACUGUAUGGAUAGGAUUGCCACUGUCUGACUUAUUGUAG